AUGGGUUACUAAAAAGGUUAUUAGAGAUGUUAGUAACAGGGUUACAUGAGGGGUUACUGAGGGUGUAAUAUAAGGGGUUAUUAGAGGAGUUAUUUAGGUGCUUUUAUAAGGGGUUACCAGAGGGGUUAAGGGAAGGUGGCAUUCAUAUUCCAUUAAUUUGGGGCUACUAGAUGGGUUACUAAGGGCAGAUGGUUUACUAGAGAGGUUACUAGAGAUGUUAGUAAUUGUUACAUCAGGGGUUACUUAAUAGAUUACCUUUAUAUUGUUAUUAGAGGGGUUACUUAAUGGGUUACCUUUAUAUUUAAUUCUCAUUUUAUAAGGGUUACCUUUAUGUUGUUAUCAGAGGGAAGAUGUAUUAUUUAAGGGUUACUAAUUAUAAUUUUGAUAUAAGGGCUACUUUAGGGGGUUACUUUUAGGAGGUUACAUAAAUAUAUUUUUAUUCUCAUAUGUGUUUAAUUUAAGGGGUUUCUUUUCAUGAUCUUUUCUUUCUUUUGUUUUUUUUCCCUGUUGAUUUCUUUUUUUAACUAUGUAUUUUUUUUUAUUUAGAGAUAUCUUAUGUCAAGAUACAUGACAAUCAAAGGUCGUGAAAAUGGAGUGGAUGUAAUGGAUUUUCCAAUUCGAAUGAUUACAGUUGAUGGACAGGAAGCUGGUGCCAAUGUUGAUUGUGGAGUGUUCUAUCUUUAUCACUGUGCUUCAUAUUUUGGCAAAUCAUUUAAAAGUUAUCGUUUAAAUCAGAUAAUUGAACGCCGUCGUUAUCGAGCUGAAAUUUAUGCUUCACUGGUUUUGUCUGAUUUGAAUAAGAUAAGAGAAAAUGUAUUGUCACGUGUUGAUGAUUUUGUCAAAAACAAUGAAGCAAUUAUGAUUGGAGUUUUAAGGAAUGAAAAGCUUGUUAGAGAGGCUGAAAUUAAAGCUUUGAAGGCAAAGCAACAAGCUGAUUUUGAAAGGAGAAGAAAAGCUAAAUCUGAUAAAGAAUCAGCAGCUUUGGUGGCUGCUACAAUAGCAGCAGAAGAAGCUACUGCUGAAAGAAAAACAACAAGAAACGAAUCAGCACAAAUUGGAGCUGUUGAAAAAGAAGAAGCUGCAUUAGUGGCUGUUACAAUAGCAGCAGAACAUGCAACUUUAAAUAGAAAAUCAAUACGUAAUGCAUUAGCAGCACCACCAGUACCAGAAAUAUCAUCUAGAUCUAGAGCUCCAGUUGUCAAGAGUAAUGGACCAGCAGCAUCAUCGGUAGUACCAGCACCAGCAUCUAAAUCUAAAGCACCAGCAUAUAGAAAGAAGAAUUGAAAUGAGAACUCAAAGGACAGUAAGGAAUAUAUUUUUCUCUAGGUUUUUAAGUAUCAUUGGAUUCAUUUGAAUUUAAUUCAUAUAGUUUGUUAAUGUUUGAUUUUUUUAUCUCUAUGUUGGAUGAUUAGUCAUACUUGAUCUUGAUGCAUUGUUAAUAUUUCAAAGUAUGUAAACUAGUUUAAAUUUUUGUUCUGUUUUUUUUGUCUAUGGAAUAUUACGCGCUAGGGUUACUUGGGAUUACUUUAGAUAUUAGACGACUUAUUAGAGGGAUUAUUAAAAGGGUUAGGGGUUACUUCACUUUAUUUUUGUUGGGGUUACUUGGUGUGUAUUUUUUUUUUUUUUU